UCAUUUUGGUUAGAGAAAAGUUGUAAAACAAUAGAUUUCAUUUAAUUUGGCGUUUUAAAGGGACUUCUUUUCCGUGAAUUAAAGAACUGUACGGUCACAGCUUUCCGCUUAAGGAUGUGCAAACUGUGAAGUCGUGAAAAUUGUAACCAGUGCGUUCGGGCCAGCAGAGAAUCGAUCGUUCGAGAGGACUGUAGAAAAAAUUGAUGGGUGUUUUGAUCGGUGGCGUAGCGAAGGUGCGAUUAUUAUGCGAUGCAAUCAAGGGCAAGACGUCGUUACGGUGCUGACGAUACGGGUGACUCAUUUGCUGUAAUAACGAUCGGUGCCGACGGGCAGGUUGCGACAAACAACGGUGGCCAUCAGCGCAAGGAAGAGGAUCUGCCAGAAAAGCCCAAGUAUCCACCACCGAGUGCAGCGACCAGCUGGUUGCCUUCGAUAUCGCAGCGGAUCUUUGCCUCCGUUGCACCGACUCCGACGAAACCCGAACCGCGUAACGCCUGGAACGAUCCACAGCAGAAGGCGGUCGGCAACAAUCAUCAAGGCGGUGGAUUUUGGGGACAUUCCAACAACGGCGACGCUGCUGCUGCGCCCUACGACGAAGACGACGAUCUUUUCAGCAAGGAAAACCUAGUGCCGGAAUUCACGAUGACGGCGCGCGAUCGAUCCGGCGAGUUCGCAAGUGCGAUCCGCUCGCUGCAAGGCCGGAACAUUCAACGGGCAGUGAACUUGAAAGACCCGCGGAAAGCGAAACACAUGCAGAGCUAUGCCGAGUUUAUGAUGAUUGCCAAGCACAUUGGCAAGAACAUUGCCAGCACGUAUACAAAAUUAGAGAAAUUGACUUUGUUGGCAAAGAAAAAGACCCUUUUCGACGAUCGACCGGCGGAAAUUCAGGAACUAACGUACAUCAUCAAAGGUGACCUGAACUCACUCAACCAACAGAUUGCCCGCCUACAGGAAGUGUCGAAAUCGCAACGAAAGUCCACCAACGGCAAACAUUUGCUGUCACAUUCCUCCAACAUGGUCGUUGCGCUGCAAGCCAAGCUGGCCAACAUGAGUUCCGACUUCAAGCAGGUGCUGGAGGUGCGAACGGAAAAUUUGAAGCAGCAAAAAACACGCCGUGAUCAGUUCAGCCAAGGUCCGAUGACCGGUGGACUGCCUCCGUCGACGAUGCGAGGGUCAACACAAGGAAGUCUCUUGUUGCAGGAACAGCAAGAUCAGGUCUGCAUCGACAUGGGUUCCGGGUCGGCAUCGGGUGGUCCCGGAUCCGAGCGGGUUCCCCUAUUGCAGCAACAGCAGCAACUGGUGCUGUACGACGAAUCGGACAGUUACGUGCAGGAGCGAGCGGAAACUAUGCAAAACAUCGAGAGUACGAUCGUCGAGCUUGGAGGAAUCUUUCAGCAGCUCGCGCACAUGGUGAAGGAGCAGGAAGAGAUGGUCGAGCGGAUCGAUAGCAACCUGCAGGAUGUCGAAUUAAAUGUUGAAGCCGCGCACGGGGAAAUCCUGAAAUACUUCCAGUCCGUCACGAAAAACCGCUGGCUGAUGAUCAAAAUCUUUGGCGUUUUGAUACUAUUUUUCAUCUUCUUCGUCAUUUUCCUGGCGUAGGAGACCGUUCCGAACUCGAAGCUUCUUUGCGUACUGCGAUCUUUCUCAUUUCACCACCAACCGGCUCAGUCGCGUAGGCAGCGUUGGCUUGGUAUGAUUUUAUUUUCCUGUUUCGUACCUUUCCCUCUCAACCAAACUCCGUUGUGUAUCGUCUAGGAAAACAUCUAGGUAGGCUUUGCUUAGCAAUUUAAGAUGGGUAACAGCAGCUUGCGAAGGAUAGGUCUGGAAGGGGGAAAAGGAUUGUAUUAAUUGUUUGUAUAUAACACAUUGAACCCAUAGAACAUUGUCCCACGGGAGCAAAAAUAUAUGCCUAUACGAGAAUUUUAAAAGUCACGGCCUUGGCUUGAAUCAAAACACACCAACGGUUUGGGUUUGAUUUUAGUCCAUUUAUUUAAACUUUAAUAAAUUUAAUGUCAUUAUCAGCA